AGAUAAUCUGGCUCAGCCCAAUGUCCUUCAAAAUGGCUGCGACCAGUGUUUAUCGUGUUCUCGCUUGCAGCAGAAGCAAACUUUUGACUCCUUUUGUUUGUCGUGGAGUUUCUCCAAAUGUGUCUCAGAUUGCGGCGAGGCAGCUGACGCUGAUUUCUGUUCGCUGCUCAACCAGCUUCGUUGGGAAAGUGACAGCGAAUGAGUUGUGGGAGGGUGUGACGAGUGUCAGCAAUGCAGGUAGAAAGAGAGGACGUGGGAAAAGUGUGAAGCGGAAGCUGGAUCUAAACAGAGGGCAGAGAAUUGGAAUGGGAAAGUCUGGGAUGGUAUUCCCUGGUCUGACGGGUCCAGCCCUUGUUGGCAAGAAACUGGUGGACAUUCAUCAGGUGAAGCCACAGGAAGAGGAGGAAACAGCUGCCCCGGUGAUCCCAAAGAGAAAGACCCUGAAGAUCCCGGCCCUUCAGAGAGGCUACAGUGGCAGGAAGUAUCCUGGGACUAGUAUAGGGUCACCUGAUCCAAUCAACGACUAUGUAUUUGAAGACUUUGAUACAAAAGUGUUGGAGUACAAAAUGGUCUCCCACAUGACAGGAAACUUGGGGCGGAAGAUGCGAGUGAGUACGCUGGUGGUCACAGGAAACAAACAGGGAUUGGCCGGCUAUGCUGUUGCAAAGUCUCCUAUGGGAAAGGCAGCUUUGCGAAAGGCAAAGAAUAUGGCAGGUCAGAGGCUGCAGUUCAUAGAGCUGUAUGAAGGCCACACAGUGUUUCACAACUUUGCUGUCACUGAAGGGAGGACCAAGAUAUUUGUUGAAAAAAUGCCAAAAGGUUAUGGUUUAGACUGCCACAGAAUCAUCAAGACCAUCUGUGAGAUCAUUGGUAUUCAAGAUCUGCAGGCAAAGGUUGAAGGUAGUGAUGGGAAUGUACAGAAUAUCUGCAAGGGUUUCUUCCGUGGACUCAUGGAACAGGAGACGCACCAGAGCCUGGCAGACCGUGUGAAGCUUCACGUGGUGGAGUUCCGACCUGAGCUGGAGAAUGUGCCAGUCGUGGUGGCAUCGCCCUCACACGGGGAAGUAAACCUGGAGCCUAUCAAGGAGGAGGCUUUUGACUUUGACAACAUGUACUACGAAGAUGGCAAGAUUCCUCUGAAGAAGGCGGAAGACCCCCUGAGGCUUCAUCGGCAGACCGAGGCUCACUGGAGGACUUACCUGAAGAACAACCGAGACAGGAACCAGGUGCAGGCACGGUACCAGAGGAUGAUCUAUGGGCUGGAGCCUUCCUCGGAGGAGUUGAAGCAGCGGGCGAAGCCCUUGAAGUGAUGACUCAAUGCUGUGUGGGUUUCUGCUGUGUGGAAGGUGUCUUUCAGUUUGCGGAGUGAGUGAGUGUGUGUGUGUGUGUGUGUGUGUGUGUGUGUGUGUGUGUGUGUGUGUGUGCACGGGUGU